CCAACCAUUCUCUCUCCUCAUUUCUCCACCAACCCAACUAAACCCCAUUAAAAAAACCCACUCAAAACUCAGAAAACACCAUCUCCAAUUCUCCAAUUCUCGAAACUGACAGAAGUAUGCUACUACGCAGUGCAUCAACUCCACUACUAAACUCAUGGAUCCCAUCUCACACAAAUCCCACAACACCCACUUCAUCAUCUUCUUCUCCAGAUCACAAACCAUCCAUCUCUCUUACGAAUACGACGUCGUCUUACCCUUCUAAACUCAUCCGCGCUUCUUCCGAUUCAGAUCUCCGCCAUCUGACAGCAGUUUCUCCCAAACCCAACCUUUUCGGGUCGGGUAUCGGGCCUGAUUCCGGGUCGGGUGCGAGAGUGUUGACGAAUAGUGGGUUGGGUGUAAGGGAGAGAGUGGUUGAGGAAGAAGAAGAAGAGGAAGAGUGUGACGUGGAGGAGAGAGAAAGAGGUAGGUUGAGUUUUGAUGAUGGAUAUGAAGGUGGUGGGUCGGGUAAUGGAGAUGGGUUUGGGUUUGGUUUUGGAAAUUGGGAUUCGAAUUAUGAGAGUGGGGAGAGUACGGAUUUGUAUUAUCAGAAAAUGAUUGAGGCUAAUCCUGGAAAUUCACUUCUUUUGGGUAAUUAUGCCAGGUUCUUAAAAGAGGUUCGAGGCGAUUAUGCGAAAGCAGAAGAGUAUUGUGGGAGAGCAAUACUUGCCAAUCCCGGGGAUGGGAACGUUCUAUCGCUCUAUGCAGAUUUGAUAUGGAAAACUCAGAAAGACUCUUCAAGGGCUGAAAGUUACUUUGAUCAAGCAGUCAAAGCAGCCCCUGAUGACUGUUUCGUUCUAGCAUCGUAUGCACACUUCCUUUGGGAUGCCGAGGAAGAGGAAGACGAGGAAGAAACGAACGAGUCUAACAGUCCAAUGCCUUUGAGGUUCUUCCAAGGGGUUCCUCCUCCUCCGCCUCCUUUAGCAGUUUCUUAAAGAUGGAUUUUGAGCACUUCUCCUUGCCUGUACUAGUAAACUCUACUCUUCAGUCUUCUGUUCUACCCCUUAGUUUUGCUAACCCUUAAAAAAAUUCCUUAGAGUUUGUUUGACCAUUAUUAUUAACCCAUAGUUUUAGGUCGCCCUUCAGUCUUCCCUUGAUGUUAACCAAAAUCAUGUAAUAAGUACAUGAAUGUAUUAUAUAUGAAUCUUGUGAUUAUAAAUAAAAAUCAUUUCUUGUAA